GCGCACGCUGGACGUGAUGUGGAAUUAUAUAGACCUCACUUCCAGUUCCACACAGCACUUCAGUGCAUCUAAAACCUCAGACAUGGAUGACCCUCCACAAAAUGGCUCCAUGCACACACUAACAUCCACCGCCCGACGACGGUGACCUCCGAUGAGAAGCUGAACAGCCGCUGGAUUGGUUGGGAAUUACAAUUUCCUUUGGAUACCACUAUAUAUAUAAGCUUUUGGGAAAACCGCUUUUUUGGAUUCUGACUUAAGGAUGAUGGAAAAACUGAAAUCCGAGCAAUUUCCGCUCAGCCCGAGCACGGAGGGCUGCGAGUCUCCCCCGCGCGACGCCGCGCCCGAGGAGGGAGACGCAUGCGGGAAACAGGAAGGCACGACGGCGGAGACUGGAGAGCAUCACCUCCCCGAGGAGCGCUGCGUCCUUAAUGGCGUUGCCAAGGAAACGGCUCACCACGCCACCGAGCUAAAAAAGGAAGUGGCGGUGAUCGAGCUGUCCAGGAGAGGAGGGAGCGCGGAUAUAAAAGGCAGAGAGCUCAAGGCAGACAUCAGCCAUAAGGUGCAGACCACCGAGCUGUGCAGACCACCGAUUCCACUGCCGCUGCCUCCCAGAGACCCGCUGAGCGACACUCGAAUGGUGCAGUUGAGUCCGCCCGCUUUCCCUCUCCCGGCAAGAGCGAUGCUGUACAGCAACAUGACGCAACCGCUCGCCACUAUUAACAGUGGUUUUGCUGGAGAAGCGGAUCAGUACGGGAUGUAUCCCAGCAGUCGAGUGAAACGCAGACCUGCACCAUAUGAGGUUGAAAUCAACGAUGGUAGGAGCAUUUUAGAUCUUUCUAAGUAUGGUUCACAGCCUAAAAUCGUGCGACGGAUUUUCACGAACAGCCGCGAACGCUGGCGGCAGCAGAACGUGAACGGUGCCUUCGCCGAGCUCCGCAAGCUCAUCCCCACCCACCCUCCUGACAAGAAGCUCAGCAAAAACGAGAUCCUCCGCCUGGCCAUGAAGUACAUUAACUUCCUGGCCAAGCUCCUCAACGACCAGGACGACAUGGUGGGCGGCGAAGCCACAGCCCGUGCCACCCGAGACGCCACCCUGGCUCGGGACGACCUCCUUCAGGAGAUGCUGAGCCCUAACUCCAGCUGCGGGAGCCUGCUGGACGGUGACGCCAGCCCGGAGAGCUUUACCGAGGACCAGGACUCGUCGGUGGAGUCCAGGUCUUCGGCUAGGGGACUGCACCACUCCAGCCUCCCGCUAGACGGAAAUGCCCAGCGAUGACUGAUUUGGCUUUGACGGACUAUUUCUGGAGCGGUAUUAGCGUAUGUUCAUGUUGUGUGCAAGCAUAUUCUUACGUAUGACUUUCUGUUAAGCUCUUCUCUUCGCGCUUCGACGCUAAGGUGCCCUCCGCGGUGAGACGCUGGUACGGGGGAAAACAUCAGGUAGAUUUUUAGGCAGGAAUUGUCAAUCGCCACCUGAAAACGGAAAGAAAACAGAUUGAAUGGUACCCACAUCUCAUCAGGUACACCAUUGGGAACAGCUGGACUUUUGAUGAAAAACAGCAUUUGAAGCAAGAAAAGGAAUAGUUGACCCAUAAAAUGACAAUUCUGGCACUGUUUACUCACCCUCGUGUGAAGAGUUUAUUUGCAAAAACAGAUAACUACAUUUUUAUUUAUUUUCAGAAAUCUUUUUUUAAUUCCGCUUUCCAGGUAAUAUCAAUCAAACUGCAGUUGGGUUGUUUUGAUUACUAAUAAUCCCUGAUAGCACACAUACAUCACAGAGACAUCUAUUUGACCUCUGUAUUUAUGUCUGGAAGACGUAUUUUUUAGAGUGUUUGCUCAUCUGCAAUAUGUCUAUGGGACAUUUCCUAUCAGAUGUCAAACAGACGUCUAUUAGAUGUCUUUAAGAUGUUUAUGAUUUAGAAUAUAUGUAAAACUGACAUCUUAUAGACGUCUGUCCAAUAUUUGUACACAACAGAUGCUUUCCAGAUCAAAUCUGGGAAUAACCUAAACAAAUACAGGUAACUUACGAAAUAAAAAUUGAUUGAAAGCAUGUUUUUUUUUUAAAUAUAUAUAUAUUAUAAGUUUGUUUUAUAGCAAAAGCAGAUAACUCCAACAGUCGUUUUUAUUUUUUAUUUUUUUGGAAAAAGCAGAUAACUCCACAUUUUAUGUUUCAGAGUUAAAAACACGCUCGUUUUAUCUUUGUAAUCUCCUCAGUUGACAAUGUAGACGCCUCACAAACCUUGUUGUUGUGAUCAUAGACAGUAUGGUUGUUAUUACACGCAGUUUUCACUCACCAUUGUAACGUGGGCGUUUGCAAGUUUCUGUGAAAAAAUGUACAGCUUUAUUUUUCUUUUACGCCCUGAUGAAGAUAUCACGGGUUCAUCAAGUUCGUCGAAAUUAUCCAUGCCCACUCACUUUUAGCCCGCUUUGACGAAACUCCUCUCAGUCUUUUCAAAGUGACUGGUAGCCUUGUCACCUGACCUGAAUUCAGCACGCUGAUUCGCUAAAAUGGACUUAUCGGUUUAUGUUCAAAAACAAGCGCGCUUGUCAGCUUCUGUGGACAGUAACGGCUUUUUUGACAUUUCGCGCUAUAUGUGGAGAAUAAUGCACGGCACUCAGUUCAUUUUUUAAAGUGGCGUUUGUCGGUUUUUGCAAAUAAACUCUUUAUGUCAUUUCUAACAAGACUUUCUAUUUUCAAUGGAACCCAGGAGAAUAAAAUCGACGACCUGUAUUAUGAAAGUCAAUGGGGUCCAGUUUUUGGGGGUUUUGGACCCUAUUGAGUUAUAUUUUUCCUCAAAACAUCUAGUUCGAGUGACAUGAGGGUGAGUAAACGCUUAAAAUUUUGAUGCUUUUGAUUACGGACGCCCCGGCUUUGGCUUUGUGCAACGUCUUUGAGACAAACGUGUACAUACUGGGAAUUUUAAUGAGUUUUGACCUUUAUUUGAAGUAUACUAGCGUCAUUGCUAUUUGGAAAAAAACGCCAUUUUGUAAAUGGUUUUUCAGUAUUAUGUUUCCCACACGCAUACAAGAAAAAUGGUGGAGGAGGUACAAGAACGUGUACAUAGACCGGGAUAAUGUCGUGUGUCUGUAACGAUGACCCUUGUUCCUUUAGACUGUUCUUUUGCAUUGUGAUCAUGGUACACCAUUAAUAAUUCGCAUCUUACAUUUCACCUUCGUCCAUCGGUUUCUUUGGCUCAGACCAGACCGUCUCGCAACGACGCAUUCAUUGAGUAACGUUCUGUCACUUUAUUUGACUU